AUGAGGGAAAAGGGCCGUAGGAAGAAGGGCAGGACCUGGGCGGAGGCCGCCAAGACGGUCUUAGAAAAACAUCCCAAUACACCCAUUAGUCAUAAAGAAAUUCUUCAAGUUAUCCAGAGAGAAGGACUAAAAGAAAUCAGACUCAUAUCAAAAUCCUAUCAAAGUGGAACUUCCCCUCUUGCAUGCCUGAAUGCAAAGCUGCACACGAACUCCCGAGGUGAAGAGCGCAUCUUCUCUAAGGUUCCAGGUAGAAUGGGAGUGUAUACUUUGAAGGAAGAUGUGCCGGAUGGGGUGAAAGAGCUAUCAGAAGGUUCAGAAGAAAGCAGUGACGGUCAGUCAGAUUCCCAGAGUUCUGAGAACAGCAGCAGCAGCAGCAGUGACGGUGGCAGCAACAAGGAGGGAAAAAAGAGCAGGUGGAAAAGGGAAGUAUCGUCUAGACUGUCACAACCAUCCUCUCCUCAGUCAGGCUCCCCAUCACCCACCAUUCCAGCAGGUAAAGUCAUUUCUCUGUCACAGGAGCACAGCAAGAAGGCACUAAAGCAGGCUCUAAAACAGCAACAGCAGAAGAAACCACGGCAGCAGCAAUGCAGGCCAAGCACGUCCAUCUCCUCCAACCAGCACCGCUCUCUGAAGACUGUCAAAGCAGCCAGUGACUCUGUACCUGCCAAACCUGCGAUAUGGGAAGGAAAGCAGUCUGACGGACAGUCAAGCAGCCCUCAGAACUCCAACUCUAGCUUUUCUCCUUCAGUUAAAGUGGAAAAUCCUUUGCUAGGCCUGGGAAAGAAGUCAUUACAGAGGUCUGACAGGCUUCACACAAGGCAAAUGAAGAGGACUAAAUGUGCCGAAAUUGACGUUGAGACACCAGACUCCAUUCUGGUUAAUACAAACCUACGAGCACUAAUCCACAAACACACCUUUGCAGUCCUUCCUGGAGAUUGCCAACAGCGACUGCUUCUACUGCUUCCAGAGGUGGAUCGACAGGUUGGUCCAGAUGCUCUGAUGAAGUUAAAUGGCUCAGCCCUUAGUAAUGAGUUCUUCACUUCAGCAGCCCAAGGCUGGAAGGAAAGACUUUCAGAAGGUGAGUUUACACCUGAGAUGCAGGUGAGAAUUCGACAAGAGAUCGAGAAGGAGAAAAAUGUGGAGCCUUGGAAAGAACAGUUCUUUGAAAGCUACUAUGGUCAGAGUUCUGGCCUGAGCCUUGAAGAUUCAAAGCAAUUGACAGCUUCACCCAACGAUCCCAAAGUAAAGAAAACCCCAGCUGAGCAACCAAAAGCCAUGCUUCCUUCAGAGGCCUCUCCUGUCAGUACAGUCUCAGUAAUUCCCCAGUUACUGUCUAAAGAAGAAGUACUACAGCUGCCAUCACCAGUCAGGAAAGAAGAGCGUGAAAGCCAAGAUAAGAUGCAGCCAAAGUCCAAAUCCCCAGAGUCCCUGCUUUCCUCAGCUCCCAAUACAGAUGAGCUUAGCACCGUCCCUCCCAUCAAGUGCCCAAAGGAUGAGGCUCUCUUGGAGCAAAAGCCAGUUGCCUCUGCUGAACAGAAGUCUGAGAAAGAGACUCAUCUCACUACAACUUCAAGUUAUAACAGAAAUAAAAGCCAAGAAGCUUUAGUUACAUCCCUGAGCAAACCCAAGAGCCCUGGGGUAGAAACAACAGUAGUGAAGCCCAUAGUAGAAGCAGGUCUACAGGAGACCACUAUGAAAGAGCCUCCAUCAGCUCUGGCUGAUCACAGCCCAGAAAACCUCAAGAGGAAACCUUCUGUCACCCAAGAAGAGGCCCCUACAAGCUGGGAGAAGAGACCACGUGUCACUGAGGAUCGCCAGCACCAGCAGCCAUUUCCAGUCUCCCCACAGCCCUUUCUCAGUAGAGGGGACAGGUUCCAGGUGCGGAAAGUACCACCUCUCAAGGUAAGAGAGCGGGAAGAAUUGAAAAAGAAAGAUGGUCUGAACACUAAGUGUUGGGGUGUACCUACUAAUUUUUAAAUAGUUGUGGUAUUUCUUAAUGCAGAA